AUGGUAGCCAUUGAAGUGGACAUGAAUAAAAAUGGGAAUGACCGUCGCUCAGAGAACGAUGACUAUAGUGGCCGUUACCGAAAGGAGGUGACUAAGAUGAUACUGGUGGUCGUGGCCAUUUUCGCCAUCUGCUGGCUGCCUUACCAGACGUACAACAUUCUUCAGGAGCUCUAUCCCAUCAUCAACCAAUACCGCUACAUCAACGUCAUUUGGUUCUGCUCCCACUGGCUCGCCAUGAGCAAUUCCUGCUACAACCCUUUCAUUUACGCUAUUUACAGCCACUUGGACAACAUGCGGUUUUCCACUGUCACGGUUCUUCGUCUCACCUGUGCGGCAGCGGUUCAGCGCGUCGCUGAGCACUUGCCACAGCCGCCGCCGGUCGGCGACCAUGACGCCGUGCGGCAGCUCGAUGGCUUUUGCCGCGAGCUGUGGAUGUUCGGUCAUAAAGGCGAGCACCUGUGCGCACUGACCCUCGGAAACGUGGAUCAGCCGCUGCUGCUGGUGGCUAGCGGUGCCGUUGCCCUCCACCGUGACUGCGCUCGACUGAGCCAACGGCUUCGAAGCUUGCGCCACAGAACACCUACCAGUUUGGUUGCGCCGUUUGGUGGUGGAGAUACGAGAACACUAACUGCUUGA